AUGACAUCUGACGAAAGUAAUCGUGUCAUCAUGACAUUUGGCUUACGUAACAUUAUUGGUAUUCAUCGUCUUCACACCGGUCACAAAGACUAUUCGGUGCUAAAAGCGUAUACACAUUGGUCUUGCUGGCAACGCAAAGCAUUCGACUAUAUCAUCUGGUGUCAUUUGGCUCAUGCACUCGAAUUCAGUGUUGCUAUAGUUUGUUGGCUCUGGCUCUUUCCACGAACAUUCUCGGACGCCAAUGAGUGGCGUUUCCAAUGGGUAUCUCGUGUUGUUCUCUUCAAUUUAACUUGUGAAUUUGUAUUCUAUUCCUUCUGGCAUUGGAUAACACAUGCACGCACGAGUGUCUACGCACAAGGACCAUUACAUGAAAAGAAGUUUAAUCCCAGCAACGCUUAUGAAGACAAACAACAUAAUCAUUUACAGCGAGAAAUUUUCUUUAACACAUUGGGUUGGUUACAAUCAUCGGCAAUUCAAUGUAUCUUCAUGUGGUUAUGGGCCAGCGGUCGAUUGCCGUACUAUAGUGACUUUUGGUCUCGACCAGUGUUUUCAAUGACCAUUCUACUUGGUAUUACUUAUUGGCGUGAAUUUCAUUUCUAUUGGGUCCAUCGAUUUAUGCAUCCAUGGUGGUCUGUCCAAAAUGGCUUGCGCGACGGCGAUAUUGGUGCGUUUUUAUAUCGACAUGCACAUAGUCUGCAUCAUUUAAGUCGUAAUCCUGGUCCAUGGGCUGGCUUAUCAAUGCAUCCACUUGAACAUUUCUUUUACUAUUCAUGUGCUUAUUUUCCCCUUCUCUUCACUUGUCAUCCGCUUCACUUUCUCUAUGCUAAAUUUCAUGCCGACAUUUCUCCAAUCGGUGGUCACGAUGGCCAUGCAGAUCCUGCAGGCGGUUCAGCAUUUCAUUAUCUACACCAUGCAAUAUUUGAAUGUAAUUAUGGAACCGAAUUGGUCGAUUUCGAUAGUCUGUUUGGUACAUACCGUGAAUUUGUCAGAAAACCAGCCAGAGCAGAGUUCAACCAAGAGAAAACACAUGACAGUUGA